AUGCCUGUGAGGAGGAGCCCUCGAGGGUCGUCCAGUGGCCAGAGCCGGGUCCGCUCCCGCACUGCCCGAGCCGAGUUGACGUUCUCCGUGAGCCACGUGGAGCGCCUCCUGCGGGAGGGUCGCUACUCGCAGCGCCUGGGCGCGUCCGCCCCGAUCUUCCUAGCGGCCGUCAUCCAGUCCCUGACGGCCAAGGUCCUGGAGCUGGCCGGCAUCGAGGCCCGGAACAGCGGCAGGAGGCUCAUCACCCCGGAUGUCGUGGACAUGGUGGUCCACAACCACCCGCUGCUCAGCGCCUUCUUCCAGUCCACCAUCAUCUCCCAGGUGGUCCCGGGCUGGAACUAG